AUGACAGCAGGCGGUGUUGCAUACUUGGGUAUCUACGAUGGGCACGGCGGCAUAGACGCCUCAACCUUUUUACAGCAGCAUCUGCUCCCGAACAUUAAGGCGCACCUGCAACCUGGCUGCGACGUGCAUGACGCGCUGACCGCGGCCUACAUGGCCACUAACGCCGCUUUUCGAGCGACUGGCUCCAUUCAGGGCUCCACUGCCACAACGGUUAUCCUCAACAAUAAGCACCUCAUCGCAGCUAAUGUAGGCGACUCACCAGCGUUUGUGGUGAAGAAGUCCGGGGAGGUUUGCUCGGUUAUCAAAGAGCAUAAGAUUGAGGGCGAUGAGGCGGCGAGGAUAGCCGCUCAGGGCGUGCCUAUCUAUCGCUCGCCCACCGGGCCAGCGUACAUGGGCACGCCAGACGGGACGCGCUGGCUCAACAUGUCGAGGGCCUUCGGUGAUUUUGUCUACCCCGCUAUUUCCUGCGAGCCAUACGUCUGCUCCCUGGACGUCUCUGACGGCAAGUUCUUGGUGAUGGGCUCCGAUGGGCUCACAGAGAAGUGGCCAGUGGCUGAGGCCGCGCAAUACCUAACCCAGUUGGCCAGCGCUGGUUGGAGCUUGCCGGCAAUUUGCCGCAGAUUGGUGGAACACUCCCUGGCGCGCGGCAGCACUGACAACAUUAGCUGUAUGGUUGUG